AUGCAUAUACCAUCAAAUCGGCGUGAUCGAGCGUUUUAUGCUGCAUUUUAUAGUCGAAAUAUAAAUGAAAUUCAAAUUAUCGAUUCUUGUUUAACAAAAAGUACUGAUGAUACGUCUCAUGGUCUAUUACAUUUAGAUACCAUUACCAAUCACCAAAAACCAUUUUUGUCUAAUGUAAAAAAAAUAAACAGCGGCUUUCGUAAUGGUGGCGUCAUUUGCAUUAUUGCAAGUAAACGUUCUUCAUCUCAAAGUCCUACGUCGACUUCUGAAUUAUCAACAUCAUCAUGCUCAUCAUGUACUUCCUCAUCAUCACGACGUUGGCAACCGGCACCCUCGAUUCAAGAACGAUUGAAUGCAUUCGAGUUGUUUGUAAAACAACAACAACAACAACAGAAUACUAAAACGUCAUGUCAACGUGACAAAAUGAAGAAAGAUCCCGAUGAAUUUAGUUAUCUGAAAAAAGCACGAUCUAUAUCAACAACAUCGUUAGUAUCAAAAACUAAGACAGUUCAGUCUAAAAGCAACAAAUCUAUUAUGUUAAACGAACUUCACAGCUCAAACAAUGUUUCUCAAGAUAGUGAUAGUGAAAUUUUACAGGAAAAAUUUCUAUUUAGUGGUACACUAGUAGAUAGUGAUAUCAAUAAAAAUGGUGAUAAUCAAAAAAUCUCAACAACGUUAGAAACAUGUUCGAGGAACAUAUCAGAAAAUGGAAAAAAUGGAAGUAUUCAAUCAAUCGAUGAAGAGAACAAUUCGAUUCUGAAAUAUUCAAAACGCUAUUUAUCUAAAAGUACCAGUGUACUUUGCAAUCGACAACAAUCGUUAGAAUUAGUAGAUGAUAUGAUGGGCGCUAUACAAGAAGAACUGUGUGAAAUUCGUCAACAAGAUCGUGAUUUGAAAAAAAUGUUUUUAACAAUUUAUGGCAAAAUUCAAGAGUUACAGUACCAUAAGACGCCAAAAACACAGGAUUUUAAUCGAUUGAAUAAACAGUUUACAUUAAGUAAUGGAGAUUUACGUCGAUUGAACAAUAAUCGAAAAUGUUGUCGAAAAGUAGUGACAACAAACUCAAUGAUAUGUGAGACACAUCACAAGACGAAUGAUGACGAUAAUAGCUACACGGAAACUGAAACGUUUAGUUCGGAUAUUGAUGAGAAUUCUGCUGAUUAA